AUGGCAUUUCUCGGAGCUUCGUGGAGUAAAGUGAGCCGCGCGCGUCUCCGAACCUGGCGUGACUCUUUGAAACCACUCACUGUCGACAUUGUAGGCGACUUCGCCGGAAAGGAGCGUUUCGCGAUUCAUGGGGAGGCGCUCGUGUCUCAUUGCAUCUCCGCCGCGAGAGUCGAUUAUGGACACGGCUUUCAAAUGCUACAUGCGGUACAUACCAUCGAGUCAUUCCUCAAGAAGCUGAGAGAUCGUGGUUGUAACUUUGAGAUUGUUUGGUUCGACAGCCUGAAAUAUCUCUGCAUUCCCUAUGGCACCCCUGAAGAGCACAGCUAUAAGUAUAUCCUCACCAGAGCGGUGCUUAUCCAACAUUUUGCUCGGCAAUCUCCGUCGCAUCUAAGUCAUAGAUUCGAUGCAGUCAACUGCGACGAGUUUGGUCGAUAUCUAACACACAAUCCCCUAUAUUUUUUCAUGUGCUCGGAUGGUCGAGCCGCCCAUUCAGAUGCACAUGUUACCACCCUUGCGCAUUUGAGUCUUGGCUAUCACAUGUCUUCAUUAGGGUAUUGCGUGGCCUUCAUUGACGAAAUUAGCUUCGGGAGCUCAAAAGUUAAUAUUUCCGUCGCGACCCCUACAGGGAGACUCCCCCCUAUCGAGAAAGACCACCCCCUGGAAAAUGGUGAUCAAUCUACCGCAAUUCUCGAGAAGCGGUCGUCAGUUCAGCAAGCGAUCUGCCAACACCCGGAUUUGACUUACAGGGAUAUCGUCACUAUCUACGCCCUUUCCUGUGUCCUGGAUUCUUCCGCGACAGAUGCAAGAAGGAAAGGGGCUAUGUGUGUCCUUAUUCAGCUCGUCAUUCUACGCCAUUGUAAUCUCUCGCAGCGUUCCUUCGCACAAAGCGGACAUGGCCUUGUUGGAACUAACCAUGCCAUUUUCAAAGAGUUUUGCGAAGCGGCUAUAGAGAUUGCUGACACGGGCAUCAGCGAAGGGCUAGCAGCCACCAGGUGGGAUGGAUUCGACUUGGUCGACGGACGCCUCUAUCUCGAAAUAUACAAUACUGCCUCGAAUCUCAAGCUAUCUGGGGCUUUGAGGGCCGAAAUUUCCGAACUGGCUAUUUCUCUAGAGGCGCUGACUAUGGUGAAAAUUCCGGAUUUGCUUCCUAGCUGCCUUCCGGACGCGACGGAAUCGUCCCCUGAGAAAUUGAACAGCCGAGUGGACUCCUCUGUCCUUCCUUUUAGUCACCCCGUGGUAGACCAGUACUUACAGCAGGUCCAACUAGAAACCCAAGAAGACCCCGACCCACCACAUUCUCAAAUUUUCCAGGAGUUGACUCACUGGCACAAUGCCAAGAAGCUCAUCGACCCUAAACAUGUAUCGAGAGCCCCCGGCUUCUUUGCCCGGAAACGAAACCAGAAAUUCAUGGCGGAUACCCUCUCCUACUCCGCCAGCUUGACCGGCGCAUCGGGGAAGAAAAUCGACCCCGAAAUCAUAGUCGUACGCAAGUUUGGCGAAGAAAAGACCGCCAAAUCCACGGACGCGCUAAAGGAUGAUUGGAGGGCGGCUUUGAAGAAACAAGCAUCGGCAAAGAAUAGGAAGAAAGUCCCUAAGCGCGGCGUCGUGAGUGGAAAGCAAAAGGCCUUGGAGGAAGCCGAAGCUACGAGGAUGGCUAAGGAUGAGGCGAAGUCCCUCGCGGCUGCAGAAUCUUGGAAGGAUCGACUGCAGGAAUUUGAGAACGAACGUUCCUUGAUCAAGCGCUUCCAUAAAGCGGAGAGGCAUUUGUCUGGUCUUUCGUCAGCUCACAAGUCCUAUGUCAACGCAGAAAUCUCGUUAUACAUCUGUCACAUCUUGGUAUUGCUACGUCGUACCGGCCAAUGCCCAAAGCAAAACGUUCCGGAUCUCGAAGCGAUUUUGUGGUCAAAGGUUCUCGCAACCAAAAGUUUGCCACUUACGCGGGAUAUUGCCUCCCCUCUACGUCUCCUAUCAGACAACUGCGGAAUCCCGUUAAACCUCGGUCCUCUCUCUUCCUUGCCGAAAAGAGAAUUGCCGUUCACGAUGAUCGAGUCGGAGUUGAAAAGUACGACCUACUCUAAGCCGGUGAAUUUCCAGCUCGACUUUUGCGGCCCUUACAUGGAGCGGAGUUUCGACUCGACUCCGGAUGGCCGAGUUCCUUUCUAUCCGGACGCGUGGCAGCGCAAGGUCCUCGACGCUAUCGACGCCGACAAAAGUCUCUUCGUCGUCGCGCCAACUUCGGCUGGCAAAACUUUCAUUUCUUUCUAUGCUAUGAAAAAGGUCUUGCUAGCCAACGACGACGACGUCAUCGUGUACGUCGCACCUACGAAAGCCCUAGUGAACCAGAUCGCGGCCGAGGUCCAGGCACGCUUCACCAAAUCGUAUCACGGUCGCGAAGGACGAUCCGUCUGGGCCAUCCACACGCGAGAUUAUCGUGUUAACAACCCCCAGGGAUGCCAGGUACUGGUAACUGUCCCACACGUUCUACAGAUCAUGCUGUUGGCUCCCUCCAACGCCAAAACGCCAAAUUCAUGGUCUCGUAGGGUAAAGAGGAUCAUAUUCGACGAAGUGCACUGCAUCGGCCAGUCCGAAGAUGGCGUCAUCUGGGAACAGCUCUUAUUGCUAGCUCCGUGUCCCAUCAUUGCUCUUUCCGCUACCGUCGGCAAUCCUCUCGAGUUCAAGACGUGGCUAGAGGGAACACAGAGGAUAAAGGGAUACGAACUCGACAUGAUCAUCCACGGCUCCCGUUACUCCGACCUGCGGAAGUAUAUUUACGACGCGCCCCCUCCUUGGGAGUUCCAGGGCCUUAAUUCCGUCGAGAGGUUGCCAUUCCCCGGCCUGGAAUCAGACGCCGACGUUUCGCAUCGGUUUGCAUUUGUACAUCCUAUAGGAGCACUUGUUGGGAGGAACCCCGACACCUUGAACGAUGCAAGCCUAGAACCACGAGAUUGCCUUAGCCUAUGGAAAUGCGUGAAGAAAUACGAGAAUGAUCGCCGUAAGUUUAACAGUUCUCUGGCCCCCGAGAAGUUCCUAUCUACCCCGGUCAAGAAGUCCGACGUGGUCUCGUGGGAAGCUUCCUUGAAAAAGGAGCUGAGAGCUUGGUUGGUCGACCCCGAGUCUCCUUUCGAGGCGGUCCAACAGGAGCUGCGCGGCGAGCGCUACAGAACUUUGAGUACUACUAAAUCCCAACAAGAACCUUCGGCAAUCGCGGAAAGACAAGACCACAGGAAAACAAUCUUCCAACUAGCCGUCGACCUCCGAUCGUGCGGCGCGCUGCCCGCCAUCUUCUUCAACUAUGAUCGCGUCGGAUGCGAGGCCUUACUAAAGACCAUCCUCGAAACAUUAGAGUCGGCGGAGACAAAACAUAAACAGAACAGCGCCAAGUGGAAAGGUACGAUCGCCGAAUUCGAGAGGUGGAGGCGGAUACAUAGUAAAGCGCAGGGUAAGGCCGAAAAGCUGCUUCGCGGUCAACAGGGGAAGGAUGACGAAGGCAUGAGCAAAGCCGACAUGAUGCGAGAGAUGGCCAGCCAAGAACAGAGCCCCUGGGCUAGCUUCGACCCGGACGCGCCUCUAUCCCAGUUCAGUUUUGCAGAUACGACCAAGAUGACUCAAGCCGAGUUGGACGAGCGACUUGACACUUUGAGAGGCCACAAUAUCAAGCCGUAUCUAAUCAGAGCGCUGAGAAGAGGGUUAGCCGUCCAUCACGCAGGCAUGAACCGACAGUAUCGCCAGGUCGUCGAAAUGCUAUUCCGUAAGGGCUACUUGACGGUCGUGAUCGCAACCGGCACCCUCGCGCUCGGUAUCAACAUGCCCUGCAAAACAGUCGUGUUCUCCGACGACUCGGUUUUCUUGACCGCACUCAACUAUCGACAGGCAUCAGGUCGUGCCGGGCGGCGUGGGUUCGACGUCCUCGGUAACGUCGUAUUCCACGGCAUCCCACCCAAGCGCGCUCUCGAGAUCAUGUCGGCAAGGCUGCCAGAUCUAAGAGGGCAGUUCCCGACAUCGGUAACUCUCGUAUUGCGCUUAUUCGGACUCCUCCACGGCACGAAUAAUUCGGAAUACGCCAGCAACGCCGUGAAGUCGCUGCUAACUCAAACUCGGCUAUACCUUGGCGGCCCAGCGGCGCAGAUGUCUAUAGAGCAUCACUUGCGGUUCUCGAUCGACUACCUGCGAAGACAGCAGCUCCUCUCCGAAGACGGAGCACCGCUCAACUUCUCGGGUCUGAUAGGACACCUUUACUUUACCGAGAAUUCCGUCUUCGCGUUUCAUUCACUGCUGAAGGAAGGCUACUUCCACAACUUGUGUUCGACGAUAUCCUAUGCAUCCGAGCAACCCGACGUCAUCCUGGAGAUCUUACUCGUCCUGUCCCACCUCUUCUGCCGAAUCCCCUGCUACCGAUACCAGGACAAGUCCUGGUUGGAGAAUGCGGUUCAUCGGUCCCCGUCGCUCGUUCUGCUUCCCGCACUUCCACAGACGGCCGCCCGGGUCUUGAAGGAGCAUAACCGCAAAACCUUGAGCAUCUUCCAAAACUAUGUCAGCACAUACGCUUCUCAGCACCUAUCUGAUAAACCUGACAUCCAGCUUCCAUUCACCAACCACAAGAUCGAGCCUCGCGAGCCUUGUAACAUAAGGUGCACAUUGUCUCCUCUCGGCGAAACGACAGUGCGCUCUCCGUUUGCGGCGCUCUCCGGAUUUACCGACGAGUUCGAGACCAUCGGCGAGCUAUGCAGUACGGCGCGUUCAGGCGUCUUCCUCGAGGAGUCCGCGAUCCCCUACAUCCCCAUAGCGCCAGACGAAACGAACGGGGUUCCGUGGAACGCCUACCUCUACGACUUCUUCAAGCACGGCGACAUGGGCGCGCUAGUGCGUGACAACGGGAUCAAGGGCGGGGACGUCUGGUUCCGCCUUAAAGACUUCUCGCUCAUCCUCGCUACCAUCGUGACGAGCCUGGAAAAUUUUCUCGAUCCAAAUACCGAGGUUGACGAUGCUGCCAUGAUGGAUGUCCAAGACGUCGGAGAUAGGAUGGACGAGAACGCGGGGGUAGACGCCGACACGGAUGGAACGGAAGUUGAGACCGGUCAAAAUGACAUCGCGAAGGGCCGAACAAAUAAGAUGGCGGCCUCGAGGAACAAGGGCAAAGGCAAAAGAAAGGACGUUGCCGAAUCGUGGGAUGCCGAAUCCUCGGACGCCGAGCCGGACGGCGAGUCGGACGACACAGAAAAUUUCCGAGCGAACGCUACGAGCCCCGGACCUAAUCGAGGGCGACCAAGUCGCUUCGACGAUGUCAAGUCUUCGCCCAACCCAUCGGUCCCCAGCUGGUCUCGUGGCGGCGGAGAGUCUUUGGUGAACGUGUACAGGGCUUUUGCGACGUUACGGGACCAGUUUGACGAGAAAUUCUUGAAGGUGUGGGCCUAAGGGGGUAGAUUCACAUGUAGGAUAGACCUGGAAGGAACCGAAAGUAGGGACAGCCUUGGACGUAAGAACUUUGAUCACGGAGUCCUACUUGCCUGGCCAAUCAGGUGGGAAUGCAGCCAACAUGUAGGCUAUGCAUGCCAGGGGCAAAGGGACAGAGAU